AUGAAUGCUGUAAAAGAACUUACAAAUGUGGAGGAAAUUCGGAAAAGAGCUGUGAAUUUUUACUUGGAGUUGUACAAGAGUGAAUAUGUGGAGGUCAGUGGAAUUGCCAGAGAGUUUUAUGUAGGUCUGCCUAAAGUUCCGGAUAAAGAUAAUGAGGAACUGGAAAAACCUUUGACUAAAGGUGAACUAUUCAAAAAUUCUCUCUCUCUCUGCAGGUGUAAUCUUGAUUUGUUAAACUCAGAUUUUCUGGAGCAGUUGGAGCGUUUCAUCCCGUCUGAUUACGAGCUGAAGCUGAUUCAGAAUUUUGAACGUGAGGGACGGUCCCUGGCGGAGCUGUCGGAGGAAGACAGAUUCAUGGUGGCUUUCAGUAAAAUCCCACGUCUCUCGCAGAGAAUCAGCACAAUGACAUUCAUGGGCAGUUUCAGCGAGAGCAUCCAGCUUCUACAGCCGCAAUUAAAUGCAAUUCUCGCUGCAUCCAUGUCCAUCAAAUCCUCCAGCAAACUGAAGAAGAUUCUAGAGAUCAUUCUUGCAUUCGGGAAUUACAUGAACAGUGGGAAAAGAGGCUCAGCAUAUGGAUUUCGACUCCAAAGUCUUGACCUGCUUUUGGACAUGAAAUCCACAGAUCGAAAACAGACGCUGCUGCACUUCAUCAUCAGCAUCAUACAAGAGAAAUAUCCACAGCUGCAGAACUUUCACACUGAGCUGCACUUUCUGGACAAAGCGGCACUCGUGUCUCUGGACAGCAUCAUUGCAGACGUGCGCUCGCUUGAGAAGGGAAUGGAGAUGGUGCGGAAGGAGUUCCAACAACACAAAGACAGCGUUGUUCUCGCGGACUUUCUGUCCAAAAACGGGAGUGUGCUGGACAGUGUGCUCAAAGACAGCAAAACAGCUCAGGAGGUGUAUCACUCAGCUGUGGAAUAUUUGGGGGAGAAUCCCAAAGCCACGCCCCCUUCUGCGUUCUUUCCUGUUUUUGCGAGGUUCAUCAAAGCCUAUAAGCUGGCCGAACAAGAAAACACGCAGCGGAAGAAGCAUUUCUCUGAGAAUGAGGACAGCGCAGACUUCGCCGUCUCUGAGCCUCCCAUGAUCAUGUCUGUGACUCAUAAGGUGCCCAUGUUGCCGCGGUUACCGCAGAUGGAUCUGAUUGCGGAGCUGAAGCGCAGGCAGGUGUCGCCUCUCGUUCGAGAGGGCAAAGAUGGAGCCAUCGAAGACAUCAUCACAGAUUUGAGGAACCAGCCGUAUAUCCGAGCAGAUGGAGGCAGACGAAGCGCCAAAUGGAAAGCAGCUCAGCAGCUUCCCGUGUCCUCAGAUAUCUCCCUGUAACACACACGCAUGCCUGAAAGAACUCCAUGAGGAACAAGAAAGCCAAAAAAACUGUUUACAAGAAAUAUUUAAACUUCAGAUUUAAUAUGAACUUUAAAUUAAAGGCGGGGUGUCCGAUUUCUCUUAGUCGUUGUUGAUGUUCAAAUCACCCAAACAGACAGCGCUCGGCUCGACUAAUGUCCGUCGUGUGCACCUUUCUGCUGAUUGGCUACAAGGUUGUUUUGGUACUCGGCCCGACUUUGUCUAAACAAGCGCAAUUUGGAAAUUGGACACCCCGCCUUUAAGUUGUAUAAAGAAUCAAUUCACGAUUUAUUCUACAUGUAGCAGUUCACACACUUAUCAAUUCCACCCCAAAAUCACAAAGAAAAUAUUUUGAAUAAAUGAAAAUUACACUUCGAAAUGACAAUCAAGCAAAUAUGACCAUUUUGAAAUAAUGUUUCUUUAAAUUUUGGGGCGAAGCAUGACCCCAGAUUGUUUUAUAAACUUCAUCAUUUUCCACCACAGCUUUGCUCCUUACUGUAAAUGUAUAGCAGUAGCUUAUACAUGUAUAUGUAUUUUUCAUACAAAUCCAUCACUGUUUCUUUCUACAUACAUUUGACAUAAUAAAGAUUUUAUACUGGACGACUGGCGCAAAUCAAUAAAAUCACAAAUCAAAGUCUUGAAAUGAAUAUUACUGGAGGAAUAAUGUGGAAGUCAUAUGUAGAAGAUACUCACUUUAAUAGUCACAAAACACCACAAGGACAUUCAAAACCAACAGUCUCUUGUACAUACAGAACCAGACGAGGUUUUAUCAACAUGAAUACAACUUCUGCAUUAUAACAUUUCCAUAGAGAUAUAUUUCUAUUGGUUGACAUUGCAUUCGCACUUGUAUCGUUACGGUUUGAUCACAAGAAUUUGUCAAUAGAUAGAUGGAUAUAUACAUUCUAUCUGUUGCAUUAAUGAAAAGUGUUGUUGUUUAAUCUACUGGCCGGCGCCAAAGAGGUUUGGAAUGGUUGAAUGGUUCGUUAUAGAUUAGAGACAACAGUGAAAAGGAUCUGAUCUACUUAUAUAGAACUCUAUUUCUUAAAAAAAUGUUUCUCUUUUUAAAUACAGAAAGCCAUCUAUCUUACACACGUCAACAAAACGCACAGAGAGAAGAUUCUGCAUGCGCACUUCAAGAUCUCUGCAUGCAGUUCAGAACUCUCGUGACAUAGUUCAAAUAAAAAAGAUGACCAAAAAUACCUUAAAUGAACAUAUCCAUGAUACAGUUUAUAUACAGGUACACAGAUACACCGUUGUUUUGUACAUAUAGUUACAGUAUGUUAACACAGCAUGUGACGCUCAGAGAGUUUGGGUUCCUUUUCCAUAUCAAGUCACAAAGAAAAACAUGAGGUAUGUACCAGGCUUCUGAUGGACACCACCACCUUUUUUAUACAAUAACAUACAACCUCUUUCGCUUAAAGUGAGGAAGGACGAUGGCAGUGGAGCCGUUGUGUACAAUAUAAACCCUUGGCGUUCAUUACCAGAAAGCAGUUUGGUUCAGCAUCAGCUGCUCUCUCACCUUCAGGUCAGCGACACAAAGUGCUUCACGUGUAUGUUUGCACGUAUGAUGAAACGUGCCGUAAAAUGGAGUAAAUUGACAUUCACGCUUCACGCUUCAGAUUGCACUGGGGGAAACACAGGUCUUUUGAUGCAUAUAGAUUCCCGAGUAUCGUUUGGAGAUGAAUUUGGAUAAGGCAUGUACCCCACGUCAAUUUAGUCACACAAUUCUAACAUUCUCUUUCUUUUGCGUAUAAAAAUACAAAAGCUAAUCUUAUAAAAAUCUAUUUUAUACUUGAUCUUGAAUUUCUUGUCAAUUGAGAUUUUCACUCGUCACGUAUAGUGUGUGUGUUUACUGUUUUUAGUUGUGCUACGACUCUAGAAUUGCAGAAAGUCUAGACAAUUAUUUCUACACAAUUAGCAACUCAUCUCAGCAUUAUCGUACCGUUUGAGCUUCCAUUUGACAUUUCUUGCUUAGUGUAGAGAAACGGAUCCGUAACCAUCCGAGCAGCUUCUCUAAGAGAUUCACAUUCCUACCUUCUGUACUGUCACAUACAUUGUGCUUUAGUCGUGGACAUCCGUGUGGGAUUUUAGAGUUCUCCUGGAUUCCCAGGGUCAUCGCCGCCACGCACCUUGAACAGGGUCAGAUGUCGGGGUAAAAGGGGCAUGUGGGGACACAGAGGGCAGAACUCAAGAGGCGGAUGGUCAACAUGCCAGUUUCAACAACAUUUAUUGGACCAUUUGAGGCAGAAAGGUAAAGUGGAUGGUUGUCAUGAACGAUGUCUUCUUGUGUUAGAAUAAAGAGGUUACCAUUGUUUUUAUUCAUACAUCCUAAACAAACUUACAUUCCCAUUGUUUCAGAAUUCCAUUCAACCCAGUUAAAAAUACUUGGAAGGGAAGAAUGUUAUGUUUCUCGUACUGUAAGAGUUUACCAGAGACUGAUGCCGGCCAUAUUUAUGGUACUGUAUAUACUGUAGAUAACCUCGGCGUAAGGUCAGGAGAGGGUUGACUGAGGACCAGAUACAAGCAAGUUAGGACAGGUCGGUGGAUAAAAGAGAGAAAAACAAAGAUCAAAUCAAUACUUCCAAUGAAAUCUUUCUGUUGUGGUGAUUGAAAGUUUCAACUAAUGCUCCUGAAUACAUUAAGCAACGCAUAGAUUUAGAGGGAACAGUAUUUUUUGACUUUGGUAGCCCUCAUUUUAUCGUACCUAUAAUAGUCACAAGGGGGCAGUGUUUCUUCAUUUUUUAGUGACAGUAGUUAGUAGUACAUGUAUGACGUUUAGUGUCACCUAAAAAUAAUAAAAAAACAAGAUUACAAGCUUAAAGUCGUAUGAUUUUAAAUAAAGUCAAAUUAGGGGAAUAAAUCAGAAGCAACACAAGAAUAAACUCUUGAUUUUUUUAGAAUUAAAAAUACAAGAUGUUGUAACGUCAGACCAAAUAUGACAUAUUGCCACGACUUCAUUCUCGUAAUUUUGACUUUUCUCAAAACACAACGACUUUAAUUUUGCAAUGUACAUUUAUUAUUAACAUUAUGUAUUACGUAGAUAAUGUUAACAGUAUGUUUUUUUUUAUGUAUUAGCUACGUGACACUAAAACGCGGUCGUAGCCUACAGACAAAAAAGGGGACAUAUGUUAUAUAUGAUUAUUCCUUUAACAACAGAAAAGUAGAAUUCAGACUACAUAUUCUUUCUAUUAACACUGUGACUUUGAGUACAAGCUGAUGUGGACAAGUUUGAUUUAAAGUUGUCUUGUGAAGGGCACAACAUUAAAGAGCCAAUGAAAGCACGCGUCACACUCGGUAGCCCCGCCCACAGUGAACCUCACUGACUGAAAACUAUCAGUGCAUUGGAUAUGAAUAGGCUGUUUUUGUACUGCAGCACUUUCACGUUCAACAAAUAACUUGUCGUGUGGCAUUAUAAGGACACAAAGUGGCAUGUGUUGUGUAACAGCGUUUCAUUAACAAGCUCUAUUAGCAGCAUUUCUUUCUUUCACCUCAUGAUGAAUUGACAGUCAGGUUAGUUUUUCCCUGAUAAAGUCAUUAUUUGCAGAAGAAGCUUUGGAUACCCGUCUCCCACAGAUCAAGAAGCUGAGAACAGCAGACGGAAUCAUUUUUCCCCACGGCUGCUUCUUACAGUGUUCAUUUACUUCACCUUAUUAAACAUCGACAGCGACGUCUUGGGAAACCCUCAAGAUACAAACAAAAUGACACGUCCACUCACUAUUCACAUCGUCCUUGGCACUCGGGGGCCAACAAACAGUUUGACCUUUUCAGAAGAAAUAAUCCCUUUAAAGGGAAUCUUCACGGAGCCGCUGCUCGAUGCGCCAAACUGUCCCGAUGACAGAUUCAUGCCACAGACCUCACAUUAAGCCCGUCUGACUCGACGGCUUGCCAAAUUAUCCACAUCUUUGCCUGGGAACAAAGCCGGAGCGGUUCGACACGGACUGAUGACCGGGAAACCGUCUCCUGUUGUGGUUCAGACCGCAGACUCAGUGCACUAGAAACCAAAACUGUCUCUGAUCAAGACAACUAUCUGGAGGUACGCAAUCCAGGGACCAAAACCAGAAGGGUUGUGGUAUAAAACAUGCAACGUGUUGGAGAACAAAAACAGAGAUAAAAGUCCCUGUUUCCUGUGGCCUUAACAAAUUGCUCUCUGGUUUAAAGGGGUGAUAUGACACGGCUGAAAGGAAUAUUAUGGUUUGUUUUAGAUGUGAUGUAAUGUGUCUACAGGAUUUAAGGUUAAAAACGCAUGUUUGUAACUCCUCUUUGCUCCGCCUCUCUGAAAGAUUUUAAAUAAAGCUCAUGGCUCUGAAAAGCGAGGUGUGCUGUGAUUGGCCAGUUCACCAGUGUGUAGUGAUUGGUGGAAUACUGCAAGCGUGUGAGGGAAAUGUAACGCCUCUGACCAUAUCUGGAACAUCAGGUUCCUCUUCAAUUGUACUGACAGGUACGCCCACCUUACUUGCGUCUACAUUUGGGCGGUCUUAGUCAAAUCAGACCACCAACUGACGUAGAUUUGUGGGGGUGUGGCUACACGAGGUGUUUCAGGCAGGUCUGGGUGAGCGUUCGCUUUUACAUAGAAUGACUCUUGUGUUCCCACACUUUCAUUUCUGCAAUUUUACACGUCUAAUACACGCAUGAGCAACGUAUAACACACCAGAGACACAGAACAACACGUGUUCACGCCAUAUGACCCCUUUAACAAAAGUAUUAAAAGUGUUCGGUGAAUCUAUAGAUAUCUAUAUUCCUAUAAAUACAUAUAUUUCUAUUAUAUGUCAUAUUCCAAUCUAUAGGAAUAUAAUGCAAAGUACAGUAUGUCUUGGCAAUAUUUUUGUAGUAUGGAUACUGUACACAUCAUUUAUUGUAUGCACGGAUUACUAUGCACACUGCAUGGACAUUACAUCCUUUAAAAGGAUACAAAGUGUAGUGAAUAAAUCACAAGCUUCGUCAGAUGUUUUUCUUCUGAGAUUGAAGAAAUAUUUUUUACAGAAAUGGAUUAAAAUGCAAAAGGAUGCUUACAGUGGGUUUAGUUUCCCUCACCGCCGGGAAUCUGAGGAGACGCUAAAGUGCAGAAUGAUGGCAGAAUCCUUUGAUCUGUUUGGAGAAAUGUAUGAUUCGAAUGCUUAUAUCUUGUCGAUGUCUAACAUUGCCAUGACUUCAUGUGGACCUUAAAAAUUGUGUCAGGAUUCAGGAAUCACAUACUCUGCCUGCCCGCCUCUUGUGGUUGCCACGGUGAUUGUCCAUUAAACUCUCACACGGACUACAAUCUACCCAGACCGCACGAUGAUUGAUUGACAGAUGAAACUCCUCACAACAUCUCUCUUUCUGUCUACUGCCUUCCAUUACUUUAAAAAAAAUAAAAGGUGAAAACGAAACUGUCAUUUACUAAACCUCAUUCUGUUUAAAGCAAAGCCAAACAGCCAAACACACAUCAUUUAAGUAAUAGGUAUUCUGGAACCCAUGUGAGAAACAAACUGAAAGUGAAAUCAUCGUUCACUGAACAUGUUGGCCAACGUCCACUGCUCAUAAAUCUCAUUUUGUGUUGAAACUGAAUGACACACAGUAAGGCUCAGUAUAUAUUUGAACACAAUGCGCUUUUUUCUUAUUCAUUUUCACAGUGAAAUAACAGAAAGAUGGAUAACCCUGCAGGAGGGAGAGAGACCAGAGGACGAAAAGAUAGAGAGAGAAUUACAGGAACCUGUAGACUCUUUUUCUCUUUCUCCCUUUCUUUCCACCCAAAUGUUCCUUCUCUCUCUUCUCUUUCAUUUGGGAUAUAUUUAGGGAAUGCUGUCUGGCCUGAUGAGACUGUACAGCACUGCAUUGUUUCCUCUUCUUGUUCCGUCGCUUGUGUGCAUUAUUCAGUGUUUAGUUUCUCUGCCAUCAGUGUCACCAGAUGAGUUACUAAAAGAAUAUUUUCAUGCUAGUUUAAAAGACUAUGCCAUUGGUCUGGCAAACAGAAUAUAAAAAUAGCCCCGCCCAGCCCACUCUUCUAACUGUGAAGAAAUGACACACCUGAAUGUUUUUCAUAACAUUAAUAUACAGCCGCAGAAAAAAUGAAGAGACUACUUCAAAAUGAUCCGUUUGUCUGCAUUUACUAUUUAAAAUGAUCAUUUUUUGUUUCUUUCUGUUUACUUGUGACGACAUUUCUCUUAAAAUCCAAAUGAAAAUAUCGUAUUUUGUUUGAAUUUAUUCACAGAAAUUUAAAAAACAAAAAAUAUGCAAUGUUUGCAGAUCUUGAAAACUGCAAAUAAACGUUAAUAUUCCUGUUUCAGCAACACAUGACUAAUGUUGAACAUAUCAUCACUGUCCUUUCAAAACCUCGGAUGUCCAAAUUCAGUUUUUCAGAAGAUGCAAAAAAACACUGUACUUUUUCAAUGAUUGCAUACUGUGUUGUCAACGUUGACGAGCACUUUUUAAUUCUUGUUAUUAGUUAGAUAUUUGCACAAGAAAUAAAAAUCAGGAGAUAUGGAGAUACAAGGUUUCAGAAGGACAGCGGAGAUAUAUUCAUUUUAAGAAGUAUAUGAUGGAAUGCAGAAAUGAUGAUUAAAGGCAAAACUGAAGUGAUCUCUUAUCCUUUCUGUGGCUGUAUUUCUAUCUAUCUAUCUAUCUAUCCGUGUUAUUUUUUCUCAGGUCAGUCCCUGAGGUUUGGCAGAACUGAG